AGAUCUAGCUGUUCACUAGUCUCAUAGUAUAUUCUUAUCUCCAACUUUCCUCGCUCGAAAUCGAGCUUGAAAUGAAGAUACUGUAGUUGAGCAGGUACCCAAAUCGGCGCCCCUGGGUUUGGCAGGGCCCAAUAGGUAGCAUCAGGUAGAAAAAAAAUAAGAGUGAGAAGGUUCUCCAAACUCGAAGUGCUCGCUAAGUGGCGGUUGAAACUGUACAGUUGUGUGACGUUUUCUGCAGGCGUAGGAAAAAUAAGAGUGCGAAAUGAUAAGAUUAGGUCGGUUAUUAGCAGUUGCAGGUAUGUCUCUUAUGACAGUUUACUGCGUUCAUUGAAUACCAGAUUCAUUCCUACGAAAUAAUGUAGUUGAUUUCCUAAUGAAUGGGCUGCACAUAAAAUAAUAUCGUGGAAAAAAGUGAAAAUGAGAGAGAAAAAGUAUGAGGAACGCACUAGCCUUUACGUUCGCAUUCACGCUUUUGCAAUUUCUGUUGCUUGUAAAAAGUGUUGACUAUGGGUGCUCGAUAUUUUGUACUUGCGAUACAUGGUACGGUCUUAAACGCGCAACAUGUGCGAAUAAACGGUUGUACAGCAUAGAAACAGGAAUUUCGGGUCUUGUGGAAGCAAUUGAUUUUUCAAACAACUCGAUUUCAUCUUUGGCAAACUACGAACUCGCGGCCGCUGGAUUAACGAAACUUAGAUACCUUAAUUUUUCGGAGAAUGGAAUCAACGAAAUUGGUCUGGCGGCUUUUGCGAAGCUCACCGAGUUGGCUGUUUUGGAUUUGUCCAGAAAUCACUUGAAUUAUCUUUUACCAGAUACUUUCGCACAAAAUACAAAACUGAGGAUAUUAAAGCUUCAGAGGAAUAAUUUUAACUUGCAUUUUCCUAAAUUAGGAUCUUCAAGUAUCACUGAUCUUGACCUCAGUGAGUGCAUAAUUAGCUAUUUACCUGCAGAUUCCUUCAGUAAUUUGAAGGAAUUGAGUAAAUUGGAUCUUUCAAAAAAUGUGAUGAUUCAACUUAAUAGUAAAGUCUUACAAAGUGUUCUAUCUUUAAAAACAAUUUUGUUGGAUAGAAAUCCCUGGUCUUGUAAUCGAGUGAUGCAAGACCUUCAAGCCUACUUGCUCAGUAGAAAAGUAAAAUUCACCCCUUUUUGUGAAUUCGCUGGACCAAAGAAGUUUGAGAAGAUGAUUCAACUUGAAGCCCCACUUAAAAAAGUAUCCAAACUUCAUCCUCCACUGGAAGAAAAAACACCAAAGCCAGAGAAGGGUUGGAAUUUAGAUUUCAUAAAAAAGGAUAAUGAAAAUACCCUCAAGACUUUAAAUACCAUCAACUUCACUCGAAAUUUGGACGAUAUAGAAAAUUCGAUAAGAAAUACUUCCCCCUAUUGGUUCAUCGGAAUCGGAUUUCUCCUUGGAAGUGCAUCAACCCUGACUUUGAUCUACCUCUGGUUUUCCGCAGCCUUAUCCUGCAGACUUAUGAGCGUCCAAAGCCGAAAUCCCCUGGGGUCGAUAAAUAUCUCUUCCCAAAGAACAUCUCUAUUGCAAAAUAUCUGGCGCUACAACGAAGUAGACGCUGAUGAUGCCUCUGAGUCCCAAAUUUGUCCAGGAACUCCGCCACCUCCUUAUCGAGAGGUGAUGCUCCAUCGAAAUUUGUAUCCUUGCGCCCGACGAGGUUGAGACCAGCAUUUUUAUUGAAAAAAGAUUAUCAGGGAAUAAUCUUUGACUUUGACAAUAAUAAUUUAAUUGUAAAUUUCUUCAGACAGUAUAUUAAAUCAGUCAGAGUAUUUUUGAUUGGUUAGAUGAUGGCAACGUACGAAACACGUGAUCGAGUGGCGUAGAUAUAGUUUUCAGAUUAUGGAGAAUUUGCAAUUUGAGAAUAGUUUCGAAAACGAGAUUAAAGGAGGAUUUUAAAUUGUUUAUCGUUCAUGGCUAGGAAGCAUCUUCAGAAAUUUCAUACGAAAUUCGGAUCGAAAUUCGUAGAUUGUAUUGAACUCUUGGCUGAACUGAACUUUAACUGAAGAACUGAAUUUAAUUUAUUUCUAGUAAAUUUUAAAUAAAUCAAUUUAAUUUUAAGAAAUAAAAGUCAAUUUUUAAUUAAUUCAAGUGAAUUCUCCUGAAUUAAAGCAGGCUCAAGUUAUCCAAUUAAUUCAAGAAAAAUUUUAAUUAGUUCAAGUGAAUUAUGGUAAAAUGAAAUUUGUUCGUGUGAAUUUCAAAUAUCAGUAAAUUAUGGUGCAAUUGAGUGAUUUCUUGUAAAUUUCAAAUUUAGCUAAGUAAGUUCUAAAUGGAUUAAAUGGGAUUUUAUACAAUUUAAUUUAAUUUUAAUAAACUUAACUGAAUUUCAGAUAAUUCUGGUGAAAUCAAGUGGGUUGAUGUGCGUUUCAAAAAAAAAAAAAAAAUGAAUUAGAAAUGAAUUUACCUGAAUUUCCAUAAAUGCAUGUACAUCUUAUAGGAAUUCAACUAGAUAUGUUUUCCAGUAACAUUCAAAUAAAUUAAAGUAAAUUCCAAAUAAAUUGAGUGCAUUUCGAUUAAUUCAACCGUGUUUCUGCAAAUUAUGCUGAAAUAAAGUCGCUUUAUUAUGAAUUACAAAUUAAGUAAGUUUUAAAUGAUUUCUUCAAGUAAAUUUUAACGAAAUUGCAAAUUAUUCAAUUUAAUUUUACUAAAUAAACGUGAAUUAAAACGAAUUCAGCCCAAUCUCGGUAAAUUUUCAUGAAAUAAAAUGAGUAUGUAAAUUUCAAAGUAAUGUAGUUUUAAAAAUAAUUUUAAAUUACACCGAACCCGCGGUUUAAGAAUUCCUAGAACUGCUGGCCCACGCCGUUCCUCAGCUCCAAUUGUAAAUGUUUCCGAUGGCCGAGACUGAUUACGUUCGGAAGGGCUCGAUUGAGGAUCAAGAUCACUUCACCCCCC